AUGGCCACAAAUACCGCGGCUGCUGAUGCUGAUAGGCGCCGCUCACAGGUGGCCGUUGGCAUCCUUGCUGCCCAGGCGGAGGUGAUCCGUCAAGAGGAGGCCAUUAAGCAGCUCGUGGCGGAUAAUGAAAGGCUCAAAAAGGAGAUAGCAGCUGUGAGCGGAGUACCAUACGAUUACGUCAAGGCCGACAAGUUCUCGGCGCUGAAAGGCGAAGUGGACUCUUUGGAACGACGAUACCAGUUUGAAAAGAUGAAGAAGAACGAGUUGACGAGGCAAUACCAACUGGCUCGAAUCGAUCUCCUGCAGAGCCGUCGAUUGAAAGGUGGCGUGAAUGCAGAAAAGGAAAAUGCCGAGGCGCUCCAGCGUCAGGUAGAGAUCCUAGAAAACCGUUUGGAUCAGGCAUUAACGAGAUUCAAUGACGCUAUUUCAUACAACAAGGAGCUUCGUGAUCACAUUGGCAUCAUUCGAGAGGAACGCCGUGUCUUUCAGCGUGUGUACAAGAGGAUGGAGGAUGACCUUAGAUCCAAGAAGAAACUUAUGUCAGAACGCAUUGAGCAGUCGAACAAAGACCUGGACGAGCGUGACGGAUAUCUGCGUCAGGUGGAGCAGCUGAAGAAGGCUAUUAACGAGCAGAAGCAGGACUAUGAUGGGAAGGUGCGGGAGUUGGAUAUGGCCAUGGUGGAGAUCCGAGAGCUGCGGGAGGAGCAGCAAAGACUGCAACUUGAGCUUGAAGCCCGCCAAUAUGAGUUGGACGAUUUCGAAAGCACAGCAAACACUACUCCCCCUGCUGUUGGAGACACGGGCAAUAAGCGAUUUCAACCACUCGAUGACGCUGCCGAUAUCGCUCAAGAGGGCUUGGAUGAGGAGGGUGAAAGGGAAUCUCCUGCAGAAGACGACCCCGAUCUUAAUGAAGUUCUGAGGCAGCUCACUGAGUUCGCACAAAACGGUGACUUGUUAUCAUUGGCGAAGGAAUAUGAGUCACUUGGAGACAUGAAUUUCUCUCUUUACAAGUAUGUCAAUGAACUCACCACAAGCAGGGAGGAAAUGGAGCGCGAUAUCUGCACUCUAAAAUCUGUUAUCGCGGCGGAGCACGAAAGUGAGGAACAGCAGAAACGUCUUAUCAAGGACCUUGAGGAGCGUCUUGCGCAGACAGAGGAGCUUUUAGAGAGCCUCCAUUUAUCCACAGAGCAGCACAAGGAGGUUCUUGCGAAUAUUCGUUGUGUGACCGAAGAUAUCUUUGGUGCGUUGGGUUGCACCCUGGGGGAUAGCAACAAAGCGCUUGCCGCCAAUGCUCGUUGCACGGAGUCAAACCAUCUGCAGUUUCUUGGGAAGAUUGAAGAACGUGCCACGUUAAUUAUGUGUGCAUUUCAGCGGCAUCUGCGCAAUGAGGCCAGACGGGGCGAGUUACCGACACCUCAAAAAGUAAAACGCCUCCUCGCUCCGGAGGGGGCCACGUCAACCACCGUCAACGACACCGCUGAGAAAGAGGAGGGUGCGUUGGAACGUACCGCGAAGCCACGGGGGGAGGAGGAGGAAGCUGCCUCUGUCGAAGCCUCAUUGAAACCAGCAGGGGAGGAGGCAGAAACAAGGGCAGAGGCGGAAGCAAAAUCUGAAGAGAAAGUUGAAGCGAAAACAGAAGAAACAGUGCCAUUGGAGGGAGACGAGGAUGUACUAACUUUUAUUCCCAUGAUGAAUAUGGCGGGGGAACGCAGCGUCAACGCGGCGCGGCUGGUCCGUCAAUUGUGCCUGCCGAGCGCACACCUCGGUGGCGACGAGGAUGUCGAGGGGCUGGAGGAAGGGGAGGGCGAUCGAGUUGUGUCGCAUGAGGAGGUACGGCGACAGAUGGAACGAAGGCUCGUUUCGAAGCGGGAACGCGAGGAACGUGCGCAUCGCAGGAGGCGUGAGCUGAAGGAGCAGAUUGCCGGUCAACCCAACACCCCACGGAAGAGACAAUAA